AUGAACACUCUAGCGCAAAGCAUCAGCCCCAUACAGUCCUCGCUGGGUCGGUUGGACCUCGACUCCGCAGCGGGAGCGGCCUCGAAGCCGUGCACGACCUCCGCCUCGCCUGCGACGGCGGCAGCGGCAGCGGCGGCCGCACUGAUUCUAUCUGUCAGCGGGGGCGACAGCCGGACGACCAGCACGACCCUCGUCGUCGACCAGUCGACGACGGCGCACCACACGACCGACUUCCUUUCGACGUCCCUGUCAUCUCAACAGUCUCCCGCAAAGCAUCACCAGCGCACCGGAACGACCGUGUCUUCGUCCCCGGAACCCGGGAUCGUGGCCGGGUCGAUUGCGGCCACCAUAGCCACCAGCACGUCACUGGCCCACGUCAACUCGUUCCACGCUGGCACCGCGACCACGUCCACGGCUCUAUCGAACGAUUUCUACCCGGAGUACCGGAUCAGCUCGGAGUAUCGGCUCAAUUCCCACCAUCACCACCACCACCACCACCACCAUCCGCACCAUCACCAUCACCAUCAUCCGCAUCACCCGGCGCCGCAUCCUCGCGAUCUCUGGACGGCGGCAGCAGCGGCCGCUUCGCACGACGGGAUCAUGGACGAAGGAUGCGAUAGCUACAGCCUGCGCCACGGCACAAAACCCGUGCGAAACGAACGUUCGGCAUUUUUCGAUUUCGCGACAGCCCCUGCUACGGCACAUCCGGCCGCGGCGGCCGCCGCCUACUGCUACCGUCUUUCCACCCCGCCGCAGCUGGUGAAGCGCGAACCGAGCGACGUGUCGGCGGCCGCCGCCUGGCACAGCUACUCGGAGCGCAUGUUUUCCGACCCCCUGUACACCUCGCUCAAGCUGCAAACCCAGCAAUCCUCGCCGCCCCAGCUCGUCCCCCAGCACUCGAUCUUCCCGGACUCGACGUCCCACCUGUCGGCGUCGGCAGCAGCCGCCGCGGCCUCGGUUUCUCUGGACCAUCAGCAUUCGCUCGUAGUCGGUGGCCACGGGACCGCCCACCAAACGUCCGGCGAUGGUUCGCAGGCAGCGGAAUCGUUUCUGCACCAUGCGGCCGGCGGCGGCUACUCCUACCGCCAGACCGCGGACAUGGUAACCUCGAGCGAAACCGACUACUGCACGGCUACCGGUACAUCCGCCACGAUCGCCAGCAUCACGACGACAACAAACCCGUCCCCGCUCGGUGCUCUCCAGGCCGGUUCCAAUGGACCGCUACACCAGCGCCGAGGAUCGCUACAGCUGUGGCAGUUUCUGGUCGCCUUGCUCGACGAGCCGACGUCCAGCGCAGGCUGCAUUGCCUGGACCGGGCGCGGGAUGGAGUUCAAACUGGUGGAACCGGAAGAGGUGGCUCGCCGGUGGGGCAUCCAGAAGAAUCGCCCGGCCAUGAAUUACGACAAACUUUCGCGCAGUCUGCGGUACUAUUACGAGAAGGGCAUCAUGCAGAAGGUGGCCGGCGAACGAUACGUGUACAAGUUCGUUUGUGAUCCGGAAGCCCUGUUCAACAUGGCCUACGGUACGGCCGGUUCCCAGGGCAGCCAGUCAUGCCCGGAUGGAACGCUUGGCCACGCGCAACACCACGGUACGAACGGUGGUGGUGGAGCAGCAUCAUCUUCGCCGAGCCACUGCCACAAUCCGGCUGCCACCGGGCAGCUAGGGAUCGUCGGUGAACCAUCGAAUGACGUGGAUCGCAACCCUUACUUCUCCACCAGUUCCUCUGUGGCGUACAGUCACAACAACUGA